AUGACUCACCGUCAAACUCUCCAAAACCGAUCCGUGAAGGGUGCCACUCUAUGUGGGGGCAGAGUCUGCUUCAGGGAGUUCUCGGCAGCGGUUGACGAGCUUUUGGCCGCAAGGCCUGCUGUGGGACCGUCUGCGAUUUUUGACCAGGUGGAUUACCAGGGUCAGUCGAGGAAGGCAUCCAAGCGUGAUUGGAGUAAAGAAGGAGAUGGUCGCCCUCGUGAUAACAUCCCGGACUCCUUGAAUGGGAUAGGAGUUCGGCGGGUAAUCCGCCUUUUCACUGGCGGUACGAGUAUUCUAAGGGUUUUCAAUCUUGGAGGAGAUUGA